AUGUCUUCCGCGGACUGUUGCUGUGCGAUGUGGCAGUCACCUAUUCAGGCAGCUAUUAGGCCAGCUGUUUGGCUCCCAGGAAUCAGGAAUCUUCAUAGCAAAAAGGAAACGUGAGUACGCUGCAGACGUCAGUACUUACAUGUAUAGCUAGCUAUGUAUGUACAACUUUGACAGAUUUUUCAAAAAAGUAAGCUCGCUUUUCAAAAGGACUUCAAGUUAAUAUGAUUACAUUAUAACUUUGUUCUUCAAGUGCGACGUGAAGUCUUCGCUGUACUUUUUAAGAUGACUGUACUUAAAUUACGUAGUUUACCAUCAUCUUUAAAACUAGGCUUUUCACUUUUUUAGACUGAAGAAGGUCAAAAUACAGUGAUUUUGCACCUACUGAUUUCAUUUAUUUCUGCGGACAUCUAUAUACUCUAGCUUGUAGACAAUAAACAAAUAAAAGCCCAACUGGUCUGAAGUCGUGUUGUAAGAUAAAGACUAAACCAAAACAACUUCAUAAUAUUAUGUUACGAGGAAUAUCCAUUCGAUGAAAUCGAGAGAGAGACUGACUCCACAAUCUGUUGCUGCGGCUACUUAAAAAUUGUCAGUAAUACAUUAUUUGUAAAAGUUCAUAUGCUUCAAUAUUUUGUAAUACUGAACAUCACAUGUUAUAAAGCUGUCCAGAGAAUACAAAAAAAAUGAAAUUCCUCUAUCACACUUAAACCAAUAUUUAACAUUUAUGCAGUCUUCAGUAAUUUGCAUAAUACAAAGUGUUUUUAAAAUUCAUGUGUCACCUAUCAAAAUGGCUAGCUUUCAGAGACUGAGAAACAUUUUUUCUAAAAAAACUGAAUUAUUGAUUAUUUUUUUGUCUGCUUGGUACAAAAAACAGCUAUCCAUUUUUGGCAGUUAUGCAAGCUAUGUGAAUUAUUUGAUAAACUUGAGUUAAUAAAGCAAAACCAAUUUUAUUAUAUUUCAUAAACUUUUACAAUAUUAGCUGCGAUACCCCCAAUAAUAACAGGAUUUUCCCGGGUGGGAAAAGGUGAAUGAUUAGAGCUAAAAUAACGAAAUAAAAAGAAUGGCAAAAAGACCUGAAAUAAAUAUUUUAUUUAACACAUGACUGUAUAAAACAUUAUACUUGCACUAUUAACAUUUUUUUUCUCAGGUCAGCAAAGGGUAAGUGCCAACUAAUUAACUAAAUCCUUAAAGUAACUACCCCAGAGCAGUGGGCUCCUUAUCAGGCGGUAACUAGUAAAAUUUACGGCUUGAAGCAACACUUCUUACCGCUUGCAACCGCUUGAAGUGUUACUAUCCAAGCCGAUCCUCACAAGAAAAGGAAGAUAAAUAAGGAAAAAGCAAAAAGUAUACACAGCUAUUCUCGCUGACUGCUCACUCACAGACUGGCUUCUUACAAAGCAGUGCAUGCUAACAAUUUUUUCAUGGGCUUCUGUCCCAAUUCUAGACUUUCUCGACCAGCAAGAAAAGUUCGGGACCUCUGCGUCUUGUGUUACUUAUUAUAUGACUUAUAUAAAUUGACCCUAGCAGCAAAGGCAGCCUUCAUUCGUAAAAUUCUUUGUUUGAGGUGUUUGAAAUACUUUUCAGUCAAAUUGGUUGACAGGCUGCUCGAAAAUAAAAGCCUUUAAUUAUUCAAGAACGCAAAGCUCCCCCACCAGGCCGGAGAGUGCCCCUCUGAUGCAUAUUAAUUUUUUUGGCCUUACCCAUCAAGAAUGGUCCCUUCACCUGAUGAGCUAAAAUUUAGGGAGACCACUGCUAGAGGCCUCAAAGCUGUUAAUAAUUUGUUCAGCAUUGUGGAACUUCAAAUAAUUUAUUGGAACCCUUAAUUACUUUCCAAAACUUCUAUCUCAUGCAUGCCCAUUUGCACAUGUGGAAAAAUUUCCUGUAAUUACCUGAAGGAAAAUUUUUAAUUUGAUAUACACCUAUGUAAAUGGAAAUUUGUAAAAUUCCUUCCCCAUUGAAUGAGAUUUAAGGACCUCUAAGUUAAGACAGACACUGUCAAUAAUACAAGACUGAUGACUACAGCUUCAAAUAAACAUUUUACUUUUAAUAAAUUUAAUUAUUUAUUUGUCCUUUUAACCUCAGCUGGAUAAUACCAGAUGCAACUCCUGAAGUUUGUUUGGAAAAUCUGGUAUCAGCUGUUGCUUUGCUAGGUGAAAGAGAGAAAAUGCACAUACAUAAGGCAAGUAAUAACGAUGUUCUAACGUACAUAAAGUAUUGUUAAACAAGGCUGUGCUUUAAGAAAAAUUGAAGGGAGACCAGCAUUCACCGCAUCAACAGCUCUGAACCCCGCAAAAUCCAGGGUGCCCAGCUUAUGAUUUUUAUGGAAAAACUAAGAUUUAGUUAGCUAGUUGCCCAAGAGCAAAAGUAAGACGCCAGGAGCUACCCGUCACUGCUAAAGCAUAGCCCUGUUAAAAAAUUAUGUUUUUCGAUUGAGUCACAUAUCUUCAUGUCCUGUUUAAUUUGAUCUAUCUUAUCAUCAUUGUUUUGCAAAAACAUUUUAUAAAUUAAUUUUUGCGCACUCAGAAUUAUUUCCUUUAGAAUAUAAUUGAUACUUGGAAGGCAUGUAUCUUACAAAACAUUAUAAUUUAUUAUUAGAGAGAAACAUUUUGCUAAAUAAAAUUGUAAUUAUUGAAAAAAGGUUGAGGGCAUGGUCUAGCUGCUUUUAAGGUUUUUUUCAGUCAUGGCACUAGUCAGUCAGAGCUGUCUUUUUAAACUGUGGAAUUCAUGAUUGUUUAUUUAUGUUUUGUAUUUGUUUGUUAUAAAUAGGUGCGACCCAACAGAAAUUUUGUUCAGAUUUAUUCCUAUACUGAAUUUGAGUGGCUGGAUGUAGUGGAAAUUGAAUUUCAACCAGGACAGGAAAGGGGAACAUUAGGAAAGGUAUCUAUUUAGUUAGAAUCAUGAAGUAAUAAUUCUCUCUAAUGGAAAACCCCUAUGCCAUGCCCUUAGAUUUUAGGGCUUGCUAUACAGAGAACACAGUUGUAGCUUUUGCAGGAACUCAGUAAGCUGGAACAAGCAAGCAGAAAAGCAAGUGAUAAAUACUCUUUUUAAUGCUCUUUUUUCUGUCAAUCAUCCCCACUCUGUAAGAGCCUGAAACAGCCGCAUGUAGUUGUAGACAAGUAAGUCUGGCCAGCCAUAGAUUAUCUUAAACUUACCUACCUAAUAGAGAGGUGCUUAAAAUACCCUUAAGUUAAUGUUGUCUUUGAGAUCGAGAAUCAUCUGUUCAUUAUUUCAUGACUGUCACACCCCUUAUCAAUCCCCCUAUCUGUAAAUUGGAGAAUGUGGAGUACUCGUUAGUCAAUAUGAAUUGGUCAAUAUGGGUCACCUUUCCCAAAAUUUUGAAAUUACACAUCGGGGAUGCCCAAUAACACAUUGGUACCAGUUUGGCAAUUCUCUGUAGGUAUUAAAAGUAUACCUCAAACUUUUAAGUAAAGAUAGAUAAUUUUUAUUGAUUACAGACCUCUGGGAGAAUUUUAGUGUGUGCUUUGGAAGAAAGAUGUUCUGAAAGUCAAAUAUUUUUGUAAAAAUGAGAUAGAAGUACUAAAGGGAGGGCCACCCCACCCCACUGUUCAGAGUCCCCUAUCUUUCUGUAAGAUUAUUGAGAUUAUAGAAGACUUUGGAUUUCUGGUGGCCAUCUUGGAUGAGACUCGCCUCCCUCCCCGCACCGCCUUAAAACCACAAUGCCCGCCCCCUCAGUACUUAUGAAACCAAGAUGGCUGCCUGUACUGGUGAGUGCUCUAUCCUAACGUUCUAACAAGAAAAUAGGCGACUGUGAAUAGCCUAGCCCCUAAUCUGCCUAUGUUUUUGGUAAACAGCAAUCUCCAUGAAUCAGAGAUACUGCAAGAGAACAGAUACUUUCUUCCCUUGGGUUAGAUCAGACAUGCAAUCUACAUUGUGGGAAUGAGAUUGGUUUCUUAGCUCAGAUUGUCUACUCCUUUAAUGGGGAAAAACUUGUUCAGAUCUAUUCAUAUGACUGUUUUAACUUGCAGGCACACUCAUUUUCCACUGGGGUUCUUCCUCUUAUGAUCCCACUUGCUUUUCUGCUAAACAUGGUAAGAAACCUAUUUUGUGCUGAUGACCCAGGGGGUACCAAACAAAAUUUUGUACGGGGAGGCUCCACCCCAAGGUGCAACCCCUUACCCUUUUAUAUACCAUUUGAGAUAGAAAAAGUACCUAUUAAGUAUACCUUUUAUUGAAAAAUGGUAUCCUUUUCACUUACUAGUUUAGAACACUGCAUCUGUUUUAACUGCUGUAAAUCCAGUGUCUUUUAUAGCCUGCAUAGCAGGCGUCAAAAGGGUUAGGGGACGUAGGGAGGAAGGAAAAAAGGGAGGGGGAUUGGGGAGAGAGGGUAAGGCUCCCUUCUCUUUUCCCUUUUGUGCUUUUCUCCCUCACCGACUCCCUCCCUUUUUUGCCCCUGCCAUGCAGGCUAUGUCUUUUAAAGAGUAAUACAUGACUAAACCAGAAAGUUUUCUUGACUAUUUCACAGUCAUAAAAAGCAUCUGUUCGCUCUUUUGAGCCUUUUUAUCAACCAAAAUGACAGAUUUCCCAACCCUUUCUUAUACUUCAGUAAGUGAAAUCUCACCCUUUCAAUGCCUCAAAAGGUACCCCUUUUAGGAGAGACAAAGCCUCACCGUAUAGGCCAUUGUAAGGAGUACCCCUCCCUCCCCUGGGACUGAUGUCAUAACCUUGACAAUAAAAGGAGAGAUAAAUGUUCACAUAUUAACCAAAAAUUCUAAGCUGGAAGUUAGUUUGAGGUACAUUGUGUCUUUCUGUAAAGGCGGAGACAACAAGGAGUAAAAUCUCUCAACUUAUCCCAUCCCCUUUUCUCCCCAGGGGUACAACUGUACUUCUUAUAAUGGACUAUAUGGGAAUGCUUUGACGUUUUCCCACACUUGAGGUAUAUGAAAGGGUGGGAUUUCAUGCGUCACGGUAUGGAAAAGAGUUAUGGAAAUGUGAUACUUGUGGGCCUUGGGAGGGUCCAGCUAUCACACAUAAUUCUUGAGAGGUUACUGUACUGGCUCAACAGAAAAAUGUGCCUAAGUCACUCAAUUAUUGACCAAACAUUUUUUGAGGUCUAUGAAAGGGGUACCCUUAUGGUCAGCACGCAGUGGUGUAUCGAAAAGUAAGAGUUUGGAACUGUACCAAACUUUGUUGGAUACAAUCUCUCCCUGCCCCCCAAUUGGGGAUUCCUCUUGGGUCCUCUUGAUUUCCAUCCCACACGCUCACCAGAAAAAGGGAUAUACAAUAUGGGGCCUGCAUAUUCAAGUAAUCUCUCACAUAUUAAACGAUGUUCUCGCUAUAACCCGCGGAGUAAUGUGGGUGCUAUUUUACAAAACCCUACCUCUAAGUUCAAAGGCACUCUUGGGGACUUUAUCAUUCACUGCAGCUGCUCCAAAGAUAUGGAACGGUUUACUGGACUAUAUUAGGAAAGAGAAUGAUUUAGAUAAGUUUAAGACUCAGACGCACUAUUUUAAAGAGGCCUAUAGCGACCUGUCUUGAGCUAUCAUAGGUUUUUAUUUUCUACUUUUAUCUUCUCUUUUUACUUCUUACUUGUUAUGAGUUAUGCUAAAUUACCUAUUAGGAAGGAAAUGUAACAACUGAUUAAGCUUUAGUAUAUAGAGAGUAUGUAAUAUAUCUUUUGUUUUAGUCUUGUUCAAGUGUUAUGCGCAUUUGAUCAUAUCUUUUAGUGUUAAAAUGUGCAAUAAAAGCAAUGACUAUUAUUAAAUAUUAUUACUAUUACUAAAACAGGGAACUGGAAGUGGGAACGAGCACCAGGAAUGCAAAAAGGAAAAUUGGAAAGAGACCUACAAUCAUCGUCAAAAGUGUUGGGAAGGUUGCAUUUUUUACCUCUUCUUUUUCUUCCUCCCCCCACCCCUGGCCCAAUGUUGAUCAAAACGUUAAUGUUUGUGCGCGCAAUUGUUCUGUUAUAUCCCAACAUUGAAUAGGGGGGACGGGGGAUAUUUAGCAAAAGAGAAAACUCUGUUUUUUCAGGAUUAAAAUGGACUACUGUUAAGUUGUACAACCUUCCCAACUAAUUUUGUCUGUGAUUGUCUGAAAAUUCUGGGUGUGGCAGUAAAAGGUCAAAAAUCGACGACUUUUUGUCAGUAGAAACGUCUUCAAAAAACACUCGUAAACAGUACUCUGUUGAAAAAAGAUAUUUGCCGUACCUUGUUAAGACAAUUUUUGGCGCAGACGCCUGUUUAUAUUCGGCAUGUUUUGCAACCCGGUAAGUACAACUAUUGCUCUUUCCGGGGCACAGGAAGAGCCAAAAUACAAAUGCAAGAUUAUUUUCGGUGAAAGCUAUUGACUAUAGCAUAGGCUGAUAUGUUUUAAAUGUUAAAGCAAGAUAUAGUGCGUUCACCAGUUCCCCAAAAAAUCAUUCGGAUCGCUACAUUGCAGCUGACAUAUUCCUUAGCAGCUCCCCAUUCUUUACAACAUUCAGCACAUGUCCAUUUGCCACGCGAGCAAACUAUGAGGCUGAGUGGAAAUUUGCUGAAUUCUAGAGGCUACUUUCUCUGGCUGAAUAACUCUAGUUAAGCCCUUGUGGCACCGCUUUUCGAAACUGGUUUCAGAAAACGAGAACAAAGUACGCUCUUGAUUUAGAUUAAGGCGUCUAUUGUCUUCGUUAACCUAAUUAAAAAGGAUAACACACGCAAAGUCAUCACACACCACAUUACUCCAUUUUCGUAGCCGAAAAUAAUUCCUUUAUAGUAGCGCUAACGACAAAAUAGCCUAAUUGACUUGUUCGGGGCUUUGCAAGGACUUAACCAAACGAAUUUUAAUAGACAUUUUAGCUUAAUUCUAAGUAAAAUACGACAUUACUCCAUGGGUAGCGUUAAAAUUAAACUAACUUUGCUAAUUGACCUUUAUAGGGCACUGUUUAAAUGGAGUAAUGUUGGGAAACAGUUGUUAAAUUUAUCCCCGUAGAUAAAUGCGACAAAAGCUGUCCAUAUUCUUACAUGGUUUACAUGUUUUUGCCCUUUUCUUGUUUGAAAGUUGGUUCAUUGAGCAUAUAUUUCGCAUUUUCUUAUGGAGUAAUGUGGUGGAGGAAUGUGGAAACCCAUGUUGUUUACUGUUCUCAAAUUAUCUGAAUGAUUGACAGGCGACGGUAGCACAGCAAUUUCUAUAUGAACUCUGAACAUGGCUGAAUAAACUCUUUUAUAGAGGUUCCGUAUUACCUUCAGGCCUUACGAAAAUAAAGUCUAGAAGAUUUUAAUUCAGCACUUAUCUCACUCCUCCCUCGCAACUACAAACAUCAUGUUUUUCUAGGAUAGUUUAACACCGCCGGAAUGAAAAAAAAAAACUUUAUUGUGGCAGCCUUUAUGCCAUUUCUAUUUGUAACAUCUUUCAAAACAUUUGGCUGAUAGGAAACAGCAAAAGUUAACCAGGAAUAAUACCGCUGAUGAAAAAGAUGCAUGUAUACAUGACAACGACUGUAAUCGUAUAGUAUUUUUUGACUUAAAAAUACUCUCAUGACUUUUCGCUAAAUCUGGUGAAACAGACAACCUGUGGCCAUUCCUUCUACAUAGUCCACGCGAAGGAAACGUCCUCUUGCUUCAUGAGGAAAAUUAAAGGCCUUAAAUGUUUUCUUCUGGCGUUCUUAGAAGAAAGCGAUUUCACCUAGUGGAUUUUGUGGUCACGCUAUGAAAUGUCACGCGCGUCAGAUGCAAAAUUCUCCUACAUGUAUUUAUGAUUUUACCGAAAUAUAACCUUUAUUAUAUUUUUUAUAUAGUUUGGAAAGUGCAUUAUCAGUACAGUUCCAGGGCGAGAUAUCUCAACCAAAUGUUAAAUGCGACAAGUUUUAUAAGCGUUUAAAGUUGAUUUCCUAUUCUCUUACAAUCAUCGUCAAAAGUGUUGGGAAGGUUGCAUUUUUUACCUCUUCUUUUUCUUCCUCCCCCCACCCCUGGCCCAAUGUUGAUCAAAACGUUAAUGUUUGUGCGCGCAAUUGUUCUGUUAUAUCCCAACAUUGAAUAGGGGGGACGGGGGAUAUUUAGCAAAAGAGAAAACUCUGUUUUUUCAGGAUUAAAAUGGACUACUGUUAAGUUGUACAACCUUCCCAACUAAUUUUGUCUGUGAUUGUAGCUUGAAAUCUAGCCCCAGUAUCAGGAACUUCAUUUUAAAUUCUCUGUUAUGUUCCCAUUUUUCUUUUUCCGCUUCCCAUGUCUCGUCCCCACUCCCUGUUCCCCAUUCCCCGUUCCCUGUUCCCUGUUUUAGUAACAUCCCUAAAAAAGUUACUAAUAACCCAUGAAUUCAUUUUUUAUUCAUGACAAAUACAGUUUUCAUGUGAUCUUUUUUUUCUCAUUUUAUCUUUUAGGUCUUUUUCUUUGUUCCAUUCUACGAUAAUAACUUCAACACAAUGCGAUUGGAGAGAAUUCGAAGCGCUAUGAAGCUCAACAUUGAAAUCGCCAAGGAUCAUCCCUAA